GAGCACACUUACCUGGCACAAAGCCUGGCAACCUCUCCUGCAGCAACUCCGAUCCAGAAAUGUCGCAAACCGAUGGGGGACACCAAGACUGCUGCUCUUCACACAUCAAAGAGCUACACCCAGAGCAAAGAGUUAUCAGGAGCUAGAGACAUUCCUACAUCGGCUAGCCUGUCCAACCUGGACUCCUCCACAAUUACAGAGUUUACUCCACGUGCAUCUCCAUGA